AUGGCAGCAGAAUCGCCCCGAAAGACGUCUAAAUACAGCUGUAAUGUUGUUCGUCCGCAUGCAUUUAGUGACAAGACAGUUGCUGAAAGUGUCUUUGACUUCAUCACUGAUGUAACUGAGGAUAAGGAGAAAAUCACUUGGAUUCGAUUUGAAAACUGUGACGUUAAUGAUCUACAGUCUAACCCCAACCUUCAGGGUAUGGAUCAGAAGACACAACCGCUUGUGGCUGUGUUGGGCUAUGCUGACGGGGUCCAAGUCUGGUUAAUCACAUUUUCAUUCACAACAGCACACUCUGUAAGUGAGGCAUUAGAAGUCCUGUCUCUGCGACAGAAUCCUGUGUCCUGUUUACGCAUUCUACCUACGCCAGGUACCACGGAUGAUGACUUUCAAGCUAAAAGACCAAUUGCUGCCAUCUGUGACUCCUCUAGUGCUGGGAAGGCUUUCUGUGGCGUGAAGUUUGUAUCUCUGCGCACAGGAGAUGAUGUUCAUAGUGUGUCUUUCAAAACAUUGCAAGUUCAGAAUAUUGAAUGCAAUAAAAGAUUCAUUGUGAUGGUGUUUCAAGAGAAGCUGGCUGUGUUUGAUGCUUGUCGACUACGGCAGCUACAUUGGAUUAUAGGUUGUUACCCUUGUCCUGGGCCAAAGGUGAAUCCAAUAGCAUUGGGGGAUAGGUGGCUGGCCUAUGCUGACAAAAGGCUGUUACCAGUUCACCAGUCAUGUGGAGGGAUGUCAGGAGAUGGAUCUCAGUCUUAUGCUGCGACAGUCAUCAGUGCUGCCAAGGGAGCCAUCAAAGGUUUGACUAAAUUUGGUGAAGCCAUGGUCAGUGGGAUGACCGGCAAUAAACCAGUGCCAGUGAGCAAGAAACCAGAACCCUCACCUCCUGAUGAAAAUGGAUAUCGUCCUGGGAUUGUCUCUGUGGUUGAUCUCAAGUCUUUGCGUGGGGAGCAGUUUUAUGUGCCUGAAGAUCCAGAUGUCGAAGGUCUUAUUGCCCAUUUCCAUGCUCAUGCCAAUGAGCCUGUCGCUGCAAUGGCUUUUGACCCCAGUGGGAUCCUUCUGGUGACAGCUUGUAAACUAGGUAUGUUUAUCAUGGAUGGGGUUCCAGCAUCAUCAUGUCGCAUGUCAUAUUGGGGAACAUUGCUCUCAUCGAUGUACCUUGAAUAUUGUAAUUAUCGUUUGACAGGACACAACUUCCACGUGUUCAGCCUGGUGGCCCAUCCUUGUUCAUCUUCUUUGGGAGCUGUUCAUCACUUGUAUACUCUACACAGAGGGGACACAACUGCAAAGGUUACUGAUAUAGCAUUUACCAAUGAUACCCGAUGGGUGUCAGUGAGUACACACAGGGGAACAACUCAUGUAUUUCCCAUAACUCCAUAUGGAGGUCCAGUGUGUGCCCGCACACAUUGCCAGUCACGUGUUGUGAACAGAGUGAGCCGAUUCCAAAAAUCUGCUGGAUUAGACGAUAUUGAGCACGGAGCAGCAGGCAGGCACAGUCCCAUUCUUUCCUGCAGCCCAGGUAGUUCAGGUCCACAGGAGAACUACCCGAGUCUUAUUCGACAGAAUGCUCUAAGGAACAACACAGGAAACCCACGUCUGCCUCCUUACCCACACCCCACAUCUGUGUUGCCGCUGGCCCAGCUUAAACAAGGUCUGUCUAUUCCUGGACUGAACCCAACUGCUUCAGGAAGUCCUCGCCCACGGAGUCCCACUCUAUCCAGCUCAAACCAUGACAAUGUGUUUAAAGUGUGUGCUGCAUUUACCACAGAGAGACUAUGGACUACAGCUGUAGAAAGAAGAGACCAGCUAAAGAAAAGUGCAGUGGAUUCCCUGUUUAUUCUGAACCAGAAUGGAAUCCUAACAGAGUAUCACUUGGAGCCCAAACCAAAGCUUCACACUGGCACAGACAAGGCAUCUGAGGAUGCCCCUGUAGAUCUUGAGGUCAAAGGCCUUGUACAGUGGAACUUGCAGAGAUCCCGGGCUUCUUCUGAAGUGAAGCCUCCUCUGGCCUCAAAUAGCCCACUGCUGAUUGCUACAGAUGCAGUGCUGACCCAACAUCCAACAUAUACUUCAGACAUGGCGGAGCCUGGACCAGUGACCAGGUAUGGCUCAAAGGACAGUCUGUCUAGCGACUACAGCAGUAAGGAUGACCUGGAUGAACAGUGGGUCUCACAGGUGGAGAUCAUCACACAUGUGGGCCCACAUCGCAGACUGUGGAUGGGACCGCAGUUCUCCUUCAAAACAUACCAGAACCCACAGACAACCACAGUUCUGUCGUCCACUUCACCUUCUACAUUUUCCAGCAGUCCAGAAACUCAGGUGACUACGAUGGACAUCUUGACCGAUGAGUGUGACCCUGAAAGCUUGAAAAUCCAUCCAAGUCGUUCUAGCCCUGUGGCCAUGCCCAAUACACGACCAGCUUAUAGACGAUCAAGCACCAGUGAGCGGACCACAAGUCCCGGCAGAAGUGCUAGCUCUGUUCCACUUUAUAUUGAAGCUGGAAGUUACGAGCAGUCACCUGUGUUGAGUGAUGUGUACAGUGAGUGGACUGAGUCCAAUAUCACUCGUCAGCCUCAUGGUAGUGAAGAGGAAGAUGACCGGCUCAGGAAGACGCUGGAGGACGCAAUGAUUGAGACUCCAGUUAUGGAAGGUGGGCCAAACUGUGUCCGCAUGAGAGAAG